AUGAACGCGUCGCCCACGCCAAAGAGAUACAGUUCGUUCAACGCCAUGGAUGGGGACAAGUACUACUUUGGGGAGAGACCGCUGCGGAACAAGUACAGGGACGACAGGGACAGGUUGAUCCCAAGAGAGUACAGGGAGUCCGCGAAGACCUUUGAGGAGCUGUUGGCAGAGGUGAAGGCUUUGAAUAGGAAUCUGAACGAGAGACAGCAGGACAUCAUGCGGUUGACUGCGCUGACGGACACGCUACGGGGGAAACUGAAGAAAUAUGUGGACGUGUCGCAGCGGUACAAAGCGGAGCGGGACGAUUUGCUCGAGGAGGUCGCCGCAUUGCGCGUUCGAGACAGGGAGUUGGAUCGUAGGGAGCCGGACCAUAGGGAACCGGACCAUAGGGAACCGGACCGUAUACAUAUCAACAAGAGAACCGCUGGUGGUGGAGGCAACGGUGCGGAGAGAGACCAGGGGCAGGAUCCAGAUGUGCUGACCGCGAAAAUGGAUAAGAUAUACGACGUACUGUCGCGGUUACAACCUGGAGAACACCACGCACCUGCGACUACGGACCGUGCACCCUCGGAGCAAGAUAUUAUAGUGAGAGAAACGGAAGAAUUGAAACAGUUAGAGGACGCCGUCAUGGAGUACAGGCAGAAAGUGAAAGUCAAGAGGGAAAACGAUAGGAGGAAGACGUCGUUGCAACAGGAACUACUCAAACUGCAGAAGGAUCUCGGUGGGGAGGACCGAGCUCCACAGGGAACGUCGGACUCGAACCGACGGGCCACCAGCACCAGCACCAAGAUCCCGCUACACGUGGCUGGGGACGACAGUAUAAGUAAACGGUCCAUACUGCGCUCCGCAUCCUGA